CCAUGAUCAAGAAAUCAGAAAACUCAAAGAUAAAGACGUAAAGUAAUGAAGAGAGAGAGGGGGAAAAUUAGACAGUCUGUCUUUGUCGAUUAGUGGACUCGUCAGUGUCAUCAACCAAAUUGUAUAUUGAAUUUCAAUGCAAUAGAAGACAGCUGCAUCACAUUCACAGCCCAUUUCCUCCAUUAUUGUCCCUACCUCACCACCACCCAUCAACCCAAUAAUAACCCUGUACAUCACCUUAGUCCACCAGUCUCUUUUCUCACUUUAGAGAGUGAGAGACCCAACUGCCAUUUCAGAUCUAGAUCAUACACUUUUUGGGUGUUCUUGAUUUGUAUUCCAGAAACUACAUUAAUCAAGUUUUUUUUAUAUCAUCUUCUUCAUUGCUUUAGUUUCUGGCCUGGAAUUGGGUGAGAAUUUAACUCGAUUUUAAGCUUUUUGAGAGUCCUUGACCUGUGUUUCAGAAACUACAUUAAUCAAUUGUUUUUUGUAUCAUCAUCUUCAUUGCAUUUGGGUUCUGGGUUUGAAUCGGGUGAGAACUGACCUUUACCAUAAUAAGUAUGUUUGGUAGAGAUCCAUGGGGUGGGCCGUUGGAGAUACACGCGGCGGACUCGGCCACCGACGAUGAUCGGAGCAGGAACUUGCAGGACUAUGACAGGGCGGCGCUGUCACGGCCGCUGGACGAGACACAGCAGAGCUGGCUGUUGGGUCCUGGCGAGCAGAAGAAGAAGAAGUAUGUGGAUCUUGGUUGUAUAAUUGUGAGUCGAAAGAUCUUUGUGUGGACUGUGGGGGCGAUUCUCGCAGCUGGAUUCUUAGCUGGGUUCAUUACCCUCAUUGUUAAAACGGUGCCGAGGCAUCACCGGCAUCAUCCUCCACCUGAUAAUUAUACGGUAGCAUUGAACAAGGCACUCAUGUUCUUUAAUGGGCAGCGCUCUGGAAAACUCCCAAGGCACAAUAAUGUAUCAUGGAGGGGAGACUCCUGUAUGAGUGAUGGCAAAUCUAAUGUAUCACCGGUAAUUAAAGAUCUUGUGGGUGGCUAUUAUGAUGCGGGAGAUGCGAUCAAGUUCAACUUUCCGGCAUCUUUUGCCAUGACCAUGUUGAGUUGGAGCGUGAUUGAAUACAGUGCAAAAUAUGAAGCUGCUGGGGAGCUCAACCAUGUUAAAGAGAUAAUUAAGUGGGGGACUGAUUACUUUCUUAAGACCUUCAAUUCCACUGCUGAUACAAUUAACAGUGUCGCGGCUCAGGUUGGAGUGGGGGAUACUUCAGGAGGACCAAGCCCUAAUGAUCAUUAUUGUUGGAUGCGUCCGGAGGAUAUUGAUUAUGCUCGGCCUGUAUAUGAAUGCCAUAGUUGCUCAGACCUUUCUGCAGAGAUGGCUGCUGCUUUAGCUUCCGCAUCCAUUGUUUUCAAGGAUAACAAGGCCUACUCCCAGAAACUUGUACAUGGUGCCAAAACCCUCUUCAAGUUUUCUAGAGAUCAGCGAGGCAGAUAUAGUGCUGGUGGUGCCGAAGCUGCUAUUUUCUAUAAUUCCACUAAUUAUUAUGAUGAGUAUGUGUGGGGUGCAGCUUGGUUGUAUUAUGCUACUGGAAAUACUUCAUAUCUUCAACUGGCUACGACUCCAGGUAUCGCCAAACGUGCUGGUGCCUUCUGGGGAGGCCCAGAUUAUGGUGUACUUAGCUGGGACAACAAGCUUGCUGGAGCUCAAGUGCUUCUGAGCCGUUUGAGAUUGUUCUUAAGCCCCGGGUAUCCAUACGAAGAAAUUUUAAGGACAUUUCACAACCAGACCAGCAUUAUCAUGUGCUCAUACCUGCCUUACUUUACGAGCUUUAACAGAACAAAGGGAGGUUUGAUUCAAUUGAACCAUGGAAGGCCUCAGCCUCUUCAGUAUGUAGUCAAUGCAGCCUUCUUGGCUACCCUGUUCAGUGACUAUCUUCAAGCUGCAGAUACACCUGGAUGGUACUGUGGACCCAAUUUUUAUUCAAUUGAUGUGCUGCGUAAAUUUGCUGAGACCCAGAUCGACUACAUCCUUGGCAAAAAUCCAAGAGGUAUGAGUUAUGUUGUGGGUUUUGGCAAUCAUUAUCCGAAACACGUCCACCACAGAGGUGCGUCAAUCCCCAAGAACAAGGUUAAGUACAAUUGCAAAGGAGGAUGGAAGUGGAGGGACAGCACCAAGCCUAAUCCAAAUACAAUUGUUGGAGCCAUGGUUGCUGGUCCCGAUAAGCAUGAUGGUUUCCAUGAUGUCCGUACUAACUACAAUUACACAGAACCAACGCUUGCUGGCAAUGCUGGUUUAGUGGCAGCCCUGGUGGCUUUGUCAGGCGACAAGACCACUGGAAUCGACAAGAACACCCUAUUCUCAGCAGUUCCCCCUAUGUUUCCAACUCCACCACCGCCACCAGCACCUUGGAAACCUUGAGGUGCUGGCAUGGGUCCUUAUCAUUUUUGUGUUGAAGUGGACUUCUUGUUACAUGAUUUUUCUGCUGCAACUUUUUUUUUUGGGAUAUUGAACACACCCUGAACAUGAAAAGACAAAAUUAAUACAGAGAUGAAGAAUAUGAUGGGCAUAAACAACUUGAAGAUAGUGGGGCUGGGCAAGGACUUUGAACUUGGAAUAGCCUGAUGACGUAGUUAUGGUACUCCCGGGCAUGUCUUAUUUACUUUGGCAUUUGUGAUACACACAGUCUGCAUGUAUGUAAGUAUGAAAUCAACCCUGUAUUCGUUUAAAACUGUGAACAGUUUGUAAUUUGUUACAAUAAAUCUUCAAACGUCUAAGCAGUUACCUUCUUUUGUGUCAUGCGUGCACUUUUGCUAUCUCGUAUUUGGGUGCGUGUGGAAAAAUUGUCUCUAAAGGUUGUGAAUGAAUGAGAAAAACGUUGAGAAUCAGUUGAUCUGGGAACCACCUUAGAACAAGGUUUGAUUAUAGGGGAUGUUGACAUUGUGAACAGUGAAUAUGUGUG